CGCAUAAAUAAAAUGCAAUACACAUAAAAAAGUUUUCGUCAUAAUCAUAAGUUCUUGGUUUGCUCAUAUUUAAAUUUCUUAUUCUUAUCGUCAUAUGACAGUUUUCCGGGUUUUCUGCUAUACCUUUGUAUUUUUUAAAAAUCAUUUUCAGUGCUGUCACCAUGAAGUUCUCCUUAAAGUUAUGUUUUCUAUUGUGUUCUGUGAGUGUCACUUUCGGCAAAAGAUUAUUUAGAAUUCCUCUUGUUCAUGUUCAAUCAGUUAGACAACAUUUGCAUGAGGUUGGAACUCCAAUCAAAGUAGCACAACCGCGUAGUCAUUUACUUGGACAAGGGCCAUUUCCUGAGCCACUAUCUAAUUAUUUGGAUGCUCAGUAUUAUGGACCUAUUACCAUUGGCACCCCACCUCAAAAUUUUAAAGUUGUGUUUGAUACGGGAUCUUCAAAUUUAUGGGUGCCCUCUAAGAAGUGUAAAUUUACAAACAUAGCAUGCUUGCUUCAUAAUAAGUAUGAUAGCAGUGCUUCUAGUACCUACAAAGCUAAUGGAACUGGAAUAGAAAUCAGAUAUGGAAGUGGCAGUAUGACUGGCAUUUUAAGUACUGAUGUUGUAACAAUUGGAGGAUCUAAGAUUAAGGAUCAGACAUUUGGAGAAGCUAUAACAGAACCUGGACUUGCUUUUGUUGCUGCUAAGUUUGAUGGAAUUCUUGGAUUAGGUUUUAGCAGUAUUGCUGUUGAUGGAGUUGUACCUGUUUUUGAUAAUAUGAUAAAACAAAAGCUUGUUGAUCAACCAAUUUUCUCAUUUUACCUCAAUCGUGAUCCAAGUGCUACAGUUGGAGGAGAAAUAAUCUUUGGUGGUAGUGACUCUGCUCAUUAUAAAGGCAAUUUUACUUACGUGCCUGUUGACCGUAAAGGAUAUUGGCAAUUUCCAAUGGAUGGAUUGUCAAUUGGUGGAAAAACUGGUGUUUAUUGUGCUGGUGGUUGUGAGGCUAUUGCCGAUACUGGAACUUCUUUGAUUGCAGGACCUGUAGCUGAAAUUGAGAAAUUGAAUAAAGAAAUAGGAGCAACUCCUUUAGCUAUGGGAGAGUAUAUGGUGGACUGCGACUUGGUGCCAAAACUACCAAAGAUAACUCUUACGUUUGGAGGCAGAAAUUUCGAUCUUCAAGGAUCAGACUAUAUUCUUAAAGUUUCACAAUUAGGACAAACUGUUUGCUUGAGUGGAUUUUUAGGUAUGGAUAUUCCUAAACCAAUGGGACCUCUUUGGAUACUUGGGGAUGUCUUCAUUGGACGUUAUUAUACUGAAUUUGAUUAUGGCAAUGCCAGAGUUGGCUUUGCGGAUUCUGCUUAGAAUUUGCUCCCUAAGCUUCACCAAAAUGUUCUUUUUAAUGCAUUUCAUUUUAAAAGAUUUAGGUUUUCCUGCAAAAUGAACGAAUUUUUUUUUAGUAAAAUGUUAGAAUUUUCAAAACUUGCAUGUUCUUACAAAGCAUUUGUUUAAACGAGUGACUUUUUCAGUGAUAUUACUUUUACUUAAUGUUAUUGGUUUAUUAUGUAUGUUCUUUUAAAUAAAGUUUCUUUUCCAA